ACAGUCAAGAUGAUGGCGGAUACGGGAAGCGAAGAUAUAGCGGUGAUUGGAAAUACAGAUCUCACCCCGGCAGAAUUAGAAAAUAACAUCAAAAAUACGAUGGUUGAAAAAGGAACAACUCUGCUGAAAAAGAUGGAGAUCAGUGUGGCAGAGGCAGAAAAAAGAACAGGAAAAAAUGCCGUUAACAUGCACGAGACCUACACUGUUUAUCUCAUUGAAACAAGACCUGUGGAUGCCGCAUCUGAAGGAGGUAAUCCUGCCCCAGACACCCUGUGGAGACGUUACAGCGAGUUUGAACUUCUGAGAAACUAUUUAUUAGUCACCUAUCCUUACAUAGUGGUCCCUCCAUUGCCUGAGAAGCGAGCUGAGUUUGUGUGGCACAAGCUGUCAGCUGAUAACAUGGAUCCUGAUUUUGUGGAGAGGCGCAGGGUCGGACUGGAGAACUUCCUCCUCCGUGUCGCUUCUCACCCGGUCCUGUGCAGUGAUAAAAUUUUCUACACUUUCCUUACUGAGGAAAACGGUUGGAAGGAAGCUGUGUUUGAGACUGGAUUUCAGGCAAAGGCUGACUCCAGGUUGAAGGCUCUGAAUGCAACGUUCAGGGUGAAGAAUGCAGACAAGAGGUUUGCAGACAUGAAACACUACGGGGAUGAACUGCAGUCUGUUAUUUCCCAGCUGCUCCGAGUACGGGCGAGAGUGGCUGAUCGCCUGUACGGAGUCUACAAAGUGCACGGGAAUUACGGACGAGUCUUCAGUGAGUGGAGUGCCAUUGAGAGAGAGAUGGGAGAUGGACUUCAAAGUGCAGGCCAUCACAUGGAUGCGUAUGCUGCUUCAGUCGAUGACAUUCUAGAGGAGGAGGAGCACUAUGCAGACCAGCUGAAGGAAUACCUUUUCUACACAGAGGCACUCAGGGCCGUGUGCAGGAAACACGAGCUGACUCAGUAUGAGUUGGAGACGGCGACCCAAGACCUGAGCUACAAAAAACAGCAACGGGAGGAGCUGGCAACCGGGACGAUACGGACCUUUUCUCUGAAGGGAAUGACCAGUAAGCUGUUUGGACAGGAGACUCCGGAGCAGAGGGAGGCGAAGCUGAAAAUGCUGGAGGGGCAGAUUGAGGAGGGUGAGGAGGCUGUGAAGGAGAAAAACGCAGAGUGCGAGGAGUUUGUGAAGAACGCCUGGGUAGACAUCGAGAGAUUCAAAGACCAGAAGGAUCAGGACCUACGGGAGGCUCUGAUUGGCUACGCUAUCAUGCAGAUCAGCAUGUGUAAGAAGGGAAUUCAAGUGUGGAACAAUGCAAAGGAGUGUUUUAACAAAAUGUGAGACCCUGGUGUGUGCCAGACUCAGCAACAUCCGUAAAUGAGCACAAGACCGGGCCUUGAGGCGGACUUUGGUAUGGAAGUACGCCCCUGGAUACCUGGAUCUAGGAGACUGAUCUCUCCUCGUUAGCCCUCUGAAUUUUUCUUGGCCAAAUGCAUUAAAAUAAUAAUGAUGAUGAUAAAAUGAACGAAUAUGCAAAAAUAUUAACUCACAGUCUCCACGGUUAUGGUGAUUAGACCAGAACUUUUUUUUUUCUAUUUAUUUUCUACUGUUUACUGUGGUCUACAGUCGACCUUUUUUCCUUUCUUAUUUUCCCUUAUUGAACCUUUUUUUGUGCGUGCGUGAAAGUACACGAAGAAGUACUGGAAUUGCAUCAUUUUGAAUGAAAGGUUAUUGAGUUUUUAGAUGAUUUUUACACUGCUUGCAAAUUAAAUGAACUCUUUUUUUUUUCUUAAUAUUCCUCCUAAUGCCUUUUGUUUGAACUUUUCAUGCUGAAGUUAUUCACCUUAUGACCUUUCUACUUUCCAAAAAAAACAUACAUACACUCAACCAUUCAUUUCACCUGUCAUGGUGGCAACUUAAUGUUUUUCUGCCUUUCAAAGAAAAGCUAGAUGUUGACCUGUGCUAUUUCAGUUUAAUUCUUCAGUUAUUAUAGCAUUCUCACACAUCUGGAUAACAUCCAUUCGGUUGAUACUACUUAAAGGUGUAAUGUCCUCAUUAUCACCUGUACUGAGGAGCUAGUGUCAAAGGUCAAAACUGUGCUGAGAGAGAAAGGGUGACUGUGCAGCUGUGCUGGCCCUCAGACGAAUACUUUAGCCCAGUCUCAGCUCUUUGCUGACACUUCACGCCUGGCAUUCAUGAGACAAACACUAUACACCCAACAUUAGUCUGGUUUGCACUUUUGGCUGUAAAUCACAAAAAAAGUUUUUUUUAUAUGGUUUGGUUGAGCUAAUAUAUAUAUAUAUAUAUAUAAACUUUCUUGCUUAUGCCUUAUUCAAGUUCAAGCGCUGCACACUUCUCUUAAGGUCUCAGCUUCCCCUAUGAAUGCCAGAUUUGUCGUGUAUGGUGAAUGGACAGGCCAGAUUUGUCGUGUAUGGUGAAUGGACAGGCCAGAUUUGUCGUGUGUGAUGAGUGGACAGGUCAGAUUUGUCGUGUAUGGUGAGUGGGCAGGUUAGCAUGUUGAUCUAAAUCAGGCCAAAGGAACAGGGAAGGUCACGCAGGGGAAGCAGGCCAUAAUCCUCUCCUCAUUUCAGCUCUGUGGGUGUGUGCGUGCGUGUGUGUGUGUGUGUGUAUUCAGCCUGUUCCAGCUAUUUGGUUCAUGUUUUAUAAUUAACGAUGGGAAACAUAUUGUGUACUCGCCUUUGAAGAAUAGAAAUGAGAGCCCAUUGUACUAUUUUUCUGUUUAAAAAUC